GCAGAAGUUGCAGCAGCAGAAACCUGCCUCGGACCAGACAUUCAAGACAUUAGGAGUCACACCAACUUGGGCCCCAGCACUCCGUCUCCACCAUGCAGUCUGAGGAGAACGCUGCGCGUGCCGGCCUCCCCACCCGCUCGCACAGCGGGAAACGGCACAGGAAGCUUCGCAGGUGCACAGUUUCCGCCUUUUUCAGGGGCCCCGAAGAGUUGAAGGACUCGGGCCAUUCUGCCGCCAUGCUGGCACAGCUCAAGUCGUUCCAGGACUCACAGCUGCUGUGUGAUGUGACCAUCGAGGUGCUGACACCUGGCAGCGGGCCCGGCCUGGGGCGCCAGUUCCUGUGCAACCGCAAUGUGCUGGCAGCCACCUGCCCCUAUUUCCGGAGCAUGUUCACGGGUGCCAUGCAUGAGAGCAAGCAGACCAGUGUGACCAUCCAUGACUUGGACCCCGAUUCCUUCGAGGUGCUGCUCAAUUACUGUUACACGGGGCGUGUGUCCCUGAAUGAGGCCAACGUGCAGCCCCUGUACGCUGCCUCUGACAUGCUGCAGCUGGAGUAUGUGCGGGAAGCCUGUGCCUCUUUCUUAGCCCGCCGUCUCAACUUGGCCAACUGCACAGCCAUCUUUAAAUUUGCUGAUGCUUUUGGCCAUGUCCAGCUGCGCUGUCAGGCCCAGGCCUUCAUAGCACAUCACUUUAAGCAGCUCAGCCAGAUGGGUUCUGUUCGGGAGGAGUCUCUAGCCGAUCUGACCCUGGCCCAGCUCCUAGCCAUCCUGUGCCUCGAUAGUCUGAAUAUAGAGAGUGAGCAGAUGGUGAGCCAGGUGGCCCUGCAGUGGAUGGAGGCUGUCCCUGAAGAACGGGGUCCCCAUGCUCCCGAAAUCUUCAGGUGUGUCCGCUGGACACUGUUCACCGAAGAUGAGCAGGAUUACCUGGAAGGGCUGCUGACCGAGCCUAUAGUGAAGAAGUAUUGCCAGGACAUUAUAGAAGGGGUCCUGCAGACACGCCAGAGUAACAUGUUGUGCAGGUCUUUGCUGCCAGUGCCAGACUUUGCCAGCAGUUCUGUGAUGUUUGCAGGAGAAAAUAACCCCCAGAGGCUGGGUAUGUGUGUGAGGGAGAUGGUGCUCUUCUUUGGCCGUCCCAAAGACCCCUUUAUCUGCUGUGACCCAUACACUGGGGAUAUUUACAAAGUGUCCUCCCCUUUAACUUGCCUGGUACGCAAUGGGGCUGUCAGCACCUUUGCUGUUUGUGUCUCUCCAGACCAUGAUAUCUAUCUAGCUACCCAGUCCUGGAAAGACCUCUGGGUGUACAAACCAGCCCAGAAUAGUUGGCAGCAACUUCCAGACCGCUUGCUGUGUCGUGAGGGCAUGAAUAUAGCAUAUCUCGAUGGCUAUCUUUACGUUUUGGGUGGGCGAGACCCUAUUACUGGUGUUAAGUUGAAGAAAGUGGAGUGCUACAGUGUUCGGAAGAACCAGUGGGUAUUGGUGGCUGCCACGCCUCAUUCUUUUAUGUCAUUCGAUCUAGUAGUAAUUCAGAACUGUCUCUAUGCCCUCAACAAUAGACGCAUGUACUCUUAUGAUCCUAGCCACAACGUGUGGCUUAAGUGUCUUUCUCUUAAGUGCAACAACUUUCAUGAGGCGUGUGUCUUCAAUGAUGAGAUCUAUUGUAUCUGUGACAUACCAGUCAUGAAGGUCUACAACCCAUUCAGAGCCCAGUGGAGGCAGAUAAGUAAUAUUCCCUUAGUGGCAGAGACCAACAACUAUAGGAUUGUCAACCAUGGCCAAAAAUUGUUGCUUAUCACCUCACACAACCUAAAAUGGAAAAAGAACCGAGUGACAGUAUAUGAAUAUGAUCCUAGGGAGGACUGUUGGAUCAAUAUAAACACUCCGUUAGGGCUCUUACAGUUUGACUCGUACUUUUUUUGCCUGUCAGCUCGUGUCUAUCCUUGCUGCCUUGAACCUGGUCAUGGUUUCCUCACUGAAGAGGAUGAUAUACCAAGUGAGUCUAGUACUGAGUGGGACUCAGGUGAAUUCAGUGAGCUGGGCUCUGAGCUAAGCAGCUCAAGUUCCAUGUCUGAUGAAAAUCUGUAGGGUCAUUGAAAAGCACAAGCUUAGCAGGGUUUGUUAUAACAAAUUGAAUCACCAAGUUUUUUGUUUUUGUUUUUGUUUUAUUGGUAUAGAAACCAUCUGGAAAUGAAAACCUUUCUUACAGGCAAGGGAGGAGUUAAUUAACUGCAGGUUUGGUUCAGAACAGGCUCCUGCUUGUGAAGUACUAAUGUAAUUUUAGGAAGUUUUAGCACCCAGAGAAAUCAAAACAUAUAGUGGGUUUUUUCAAAGUGUGUUCUGACUGAAAUAUAGUCUGUCAGAUUUUAGUUUUCUCAACAGUGAAGAAGAAUAAGUACAUAUUAUAAAUAGGGCUGUUGAUUUUAUUUGUUAAUCUACACAAUAACUGUAAGCUCACUAAAAGUAAAAACAAUGGCAAAACCAAG